AUGCGCAAAUCCAUCGAAUACCACCAAACUCCAGAUCUCGAUCACUCUCUGAAUCAAAGCCUGAGUUUGACAUUCCUUGAGGACCGGCCCAACUUUGAAACCGCAUCAAAGGAUCAGCUUCGCGCGCACUUUCAGGAAUGGGCUCAGCGUGCGUACUAUGCUGAAAACUCGCGUCCGUUUGAACAAUUUGACCCCGAACUGGCGACCGCACCCAGAUACCGGUACUUUAUCCAGAUUGACGAGGAUUCUCUGGAGAGCCUUCUUCGUGACACCGAAAGUGGUCUACGGAGUAAUGGCUAUGUGAAUUUUGUGGAUGGCUGGUGGAAGUCAUUGAGGGAGCAGUAUGCAAAGAGCCAAGAUCCAGACCUCAAAGAAGAGAUUGAUGAGCAACUCGCACACGGUUAUCAGUCAAUCGAGGGCUGCGUGGAGGAAAAUACCGGCUGGACGAUGCUACACAGACUUGAUAUGAGUGUCAGUUUCUACCACUACACAAGUGGCUUUGUAGAGGACGUGUGGCCUCUUUAUUACCAGCGUCCGCCUGACAUUGCUCUCUGGUAA